AUGUCAAUAAUCAAAAAGUUAGAAGAAAUUGAGGAAUAUGACCUUGCAAAUCUUACAAAUUCAGAAGAGUUUUAUGCAUCAGGGAACAAUUUCACUUUAAAAGUGGGUCCCAAUUGGCAUCCCACUUGUCAGCUUAGCAAUUUGGAAAUGAGCUCGUGGCAGUUAGGUCCCAACUUUCCGUCAUGGAUUCAGUCACAAAAAGAUCUUGAGACUUUGGUUAUGUCCAACACAGGAAUUUCAGAUUCUAUCCCUACAUGGUUUUGGGAAACACUUUCUGAUGCUUCCUAUGUAAACCUAUCUCAUAAUGAUAUCCACGGUGAGCUUGCUAUUAUAUUAAAGAAUCCAAUAUCUAUCCAAUUCAUUGAUCUAAGCUCAAAUCACUUGCAUGGGAAAUUACCUCAUCUAUCACUUUAUGUGAAUUGGUUGGAUCUUUCAAACAAUUCAUUCUCUGGAUCCAUGACUGAUUUCCUAUGUAAAAAACAAGAUGAGUCAAUGACAUUACGAUAUCUCAAUCUUGGAGCAAAUAAUUUAUCAGGGGAAAUACCUGAUUGUUGGAUAAUGUGGCCAUAUCUGGUGGAGGUGAAUUUACAAAGCAACCAUUUUGUUGGUAACUUACCCCCAUCCAUGGGUUCCUUAGCUGAGCUAGAUUCUUUGAACAUCCGUAACAACUCACUAUCUGGAAUAUUUCCUCCCAUUUUGAAGAGAACUAGUAAGUUGAUUUCCUUGGACCUUGGGGAAAAUAAACUUACAGGAAUUAUUCCAGCAUGGGUUGGAGAAAGGUUCUUAAAAUUGAAAAUUCUUCGCCUUCGGUCAAACAGAUUGUUGGGUCAUAUUCCUAAUGAAAUAUGUGAUAUGAUUUUUCUUCAAGACUUGGACCUUGCAGAAAACAAUUUGUCUGGAAAUAUACCAAAAUGUUUCAACCACUUGAAUGCCAUGUUGCUAAAAAACAGGCCUAUGAAUUCACUCAUCUAUACCAUUACAACUAGCUGGGUCGGUACACAGGGUAUAGUUAGUACACUCCUAUGGGUGAAAGGAAGAGGUAUAGAGUACAGAAAUAUUCUUGGCUUGGUGACAAAUGUUGAUCUUUCUGAUAAUAAUUUAUCUGGAGGGAUACCCAGAGAAAUUACAAAUCUAGAUGGAUUGAUUUAUUUGAACUUGUCCAAGAAUCAGUUGAUUGGCCAAAUUCCACCCAGCAUUGGCAAUAUGAGAUCAUUAGAAUCCAUUGAUUUCUCAAGGAAUCAACUUUCAGGAGAAAUCCCUUCAACCAUAUCAAACUUAAGCUUUCUUAGCAAGCUUGACUUGUCUUAUAAUCAUUUGUGGGGGGGAAUUCCAACAGGCACUCAACUGCAAAGCUUUGAAGCAUCCAGUUUUGUUGGCAAUAAUCUAUGUGGUCCGCCACUGCUCGUCAACUGUAGUUCCAGUCGGAAAAUUCCUAAUGAUGAUCACAAAGGCAAAAAGAGUGAUAGCCAUAAAGUGAAUGGGUUUUUUGUGAGUAUGACAUUUGGAUUUAUUGUGGGAUUCUGGGCAGUGGUCGCUCCAUUGUUCAUUUAUAGAUCAUGGAGGUAUGCCUAUUUUCGUUUUCUUGAUGACAUGUGGAACAAAGUGCAAUGUUUUUGGAGAUUGUAA